AUGGCUACAUAUCAUGCCUACAAUACUGGUAGUACUGCCAGCCAAAACUCGUCACAAAGAGCAUUAGCCAUGGUGUUGGCUCUAGCAUCAGCUGUGGUGCUAUCACCAUUGUAUGUUAACCGAAAAAACGAUCAUACUCAUUAUUUUAAUUAUGAGACAAAACGGAGCUCUGGCUUUGUUCUUCCAAUGGUGCUUGCUGGACUAAUAAUCGCUAUUAGGACUACUUCUUCUUCCACGUCAGUCCAAAGAGGUGCUGGUGCUUCUUUUAUCCCAUCUCCAGAUCCCUCUUGGGUGCUAAGAAUUGGGAGCUCAUCUUGGGGACUUGCUGGAGUGUUAGUAAUGCUUAUGCUCGUGCUGUCAUGGCAAGACUCUGUUCAAGAAUUCUUCUGGAGAUGA